AUUAGGAAGGGGUAAUAUGGGAUGCGCGAGGGAGGUGGGGGAAGAGCGAAGAGGAGCAUCGAGAGGUCUGUGGGAGUCGCACUGGUACUUCCGUGGCAAUCGCAUCUUGAGAAAUAAAAAGGCGGACUGGGAGAACGAUUACAUCAGGUAACCGAAGUAGCACAUCAGCUGCUGAAACUCAGCAUCCAUCAAGUGGUUCCCGAACCUGACAGAUAAAUUAUUUAAAAAAAAUGUCGAGACCAAUACUGAGCAGGCCACGUACACGUGUGUACGGCUGCAAUUACGACAAGGGCGAGUCGUACUACAAGCCAAUGGUGGAUCAUCUCGAUCGUAAAUACAGCGGAAGGCCAUUAUUUCCGGAAGCUAGGACAUCAUUAGCUGAUGAGAUUGCAGCGAGACGUAGCGACAUCGGCAGCCGAGACUUGUCGGGGCCUAGAGCGAGCGCACGUGACCUUGACCUCGAAUUUGAUACACCCAGAUCCCGCACCCUCGCCCCAACCCUCCACGAGGAUGACGAGGAUACAGUGUACGACAUACGCGGACAGCGGACAAAUCGUCGCAACUUGUCCGAUGAUUUUGCGAGUGAAGUUGCGGCAACGACGCGACGCUUUAAAGCCCACGCAGCGAGUCUGAGUUACGACAGUGAGCAUUACGACGAUUUGCGUCGAAGUGUCGUCGAUCGGAGACAGGAGGUGAUGGAUAAAUUCACAGAGUCGGCGAAGAAUGCCCUGGAGGAGGCGGAUGUUGCAUUCAAGAGGCGCUCUAAAUUGCUGAGCGACGCCGAGGGCGAGAGGAGUGUCGCCAUAACCCGGUGGUCGAAGCUGGCGGAUGCGGAGACCGAGUCGUCAGGAGCUGCGUCACGCGCCCGUCAGACCAAGGCCCGACUCGACGAUCUUGAGAGUGAAAUGGAGGAAAUGGCCGAGAGACAAGCGAAACGCGAACGACGUGCUGCUGCUCUCAGGGCUCUCGUCAGCGAGUCCGCAUCAUGCGAUGAUUUCGUCCAGGAGUGCGUCAAGAAGACCGCCAAGAGCAGCGAGAAGCACGUGUCCUUCUAGGAUUGUUUCUAAUGUCCUUUCGUCCUCCUGUUCUGUUUGUCAUGACGUCCUUUCAUCUCGCUCUCUCUCUCUCUCUCUCACAUCCGCAGAAAAAUCUAAAUGAAAUUGCGAUUGAUUAUGAAGCGCAAAUAUUUGAACUUCAAUUAAAGAUCAGGAAAAAAAUUACGUUUAGGUUUUUCUGUCUGUAUUCUUUCGACCUACAAACGGAAGCAAAACGGACAUCUUUAGUAUUCGAUAAGUCCCCAUCGACAAAAAUAAUUGUGAAGUAUUUUUUUCAUUAGACCUUUGAUUGAUUUAAAUCCCAUCGUCUGGAGUCAUCGAUAAUUCAAAGAGGUCCGUUUUAGCUCGUCUUUCCUUACGUUUAUUUAAUACUCUACCCCGUCGGGGAGAUGCUAGGAAGAUUUUAAUGUAUUUUUUUCGUUCAUGGUGAUGUCGCGGAAGAAAUAAUUUCGCGGAAAACACCUGGAGAAUUCGCUAGGGAAUUCUAUUGGAAUUUUACAGUUUUCGGACGAUUAUUUAUUUUCGGAUGGAGAGAUUUCAUGGGAAAUAUUCUCCAGCGACACAAAGGGAUACAAAAAUAAAUACAAUGUUCAAUCAAAGUCCAAUAGAAUCCCAAUCAAAUUUUCUAUCGAAUUGACUCGGUUUUCCUCUGAUAUUUUUGUUCCCGCGUGAUGAACUGAGAUGAGUUAUCCUGAAUUCCAGGCUUGAUAUAUGUACGAUGAUGCUACCUGUUCGUGUGUACACUUUUGUCCCAUUUCGUCUUUACGAUAAAUAAAUGACUGGUUAUGGAAAUGA